AGUGCAUGUCUUCAUUGCUGUUUGUUUGCUCGUGAGCAGGAUUACUCAAAAACCACCGCACCGAUUUUCAUGAUAUUUUGCGGAGCGGUGCGACGAGACCCGAGGAAGAACCCACUGCAUUUCGGAGUGGAUCUGGAUAAGCGGGCCAUCUAGCAUUAUGUUUUCACUUUCUUAAACAAUGCCGAGAUAUAUUGCUCGCCUGAGCGGAGGUAUGCAUGGAAGUUGACGGAAAGUGUGUUGGAUUAUAAUCUCCCAAUCUACCUUUGAUGGGAGCAAAACAUUCAUUUCAUUGGUUGAAUUGGCUAAAAAAAACAACAACUUUUAUUUCCUCUGAUCAGUUUGUUGGCAAUCUGACAAAUGGGACAGUGUCACCAACGGGAAACGCUUUUCUGUGAUGAAGUAAUCACCCGAAAUGCGGAACACUCCGAGGUUUGUUGUGCAAAGUACUCCAACUGAUUUUGAUCUCUCGUUGAAACUUUGGUCGUUUGUUCCUUUUCUUUUGGCAGACCGUACAAAACUUUCAAGCAGCCGCCUGUCAUUUCUAGUCGGUACUGAAUGUGCAAACUUUCCGGCAGUCGGCGGAUAUCGGUUGAAAACUCGCCCCCGACAAUCCUGACUUUGCUUCUCUCGCAGUCGAGGAGUCUCUGGUUUCACGUCAGCUCCGCCACGGGAACUGGAACUGGACUGACUGCGACAGCUGCCGUGGCCGUGGGCGGAGCGGCACAAUGCUGGGGAAUUUCCAGCAGUCAGGCCGAGUCCCUCAGGCUUGUUCCAUCUCGACCAGAGUGCCGUAGAAAAAGGGCUUGAUAUUGCGUCUCGUCGGAAUUUCCCCCCCCCCCCCGAUUAUCAGAGAUGACGAAGUCGUGCGACGGAAAUCCUUCUCGUGCGCAGAGAGCGGUGUACCCGCCUCCCACCGCCCCCCCCGCGGCCAACGUGUUCAACAACGUGCCCGGCUAUGAGGGCACCAUUUCCGGAGGAGGCGGUUAUCUGCCCCCUCCGAUGCCCCUGGAGCCUGUAGCCCCUCCCCAACCCGGGCCUGUACCUGAUAACUGGGUCAUCCCGUCUCUGGCUGAGGAUGUGGCUCGUGAUGCGUUCAAGAGCUAUGCGUCGUCUCACUGCUGCUACAGUGAAUCUCCAGCCAAAGAUGGAGUCAUCACCAACAUGGAGCCGUACGACACCUUCAGGUACCGGCUGGAGACAUUUACGGAGUCCAGGUCAACUGAGUGGUCCCAAAAACCUUAUGAAGGUGAGCAAGCUGACUUCUACACUCAGACCGCCCCCAGACCCUGGGAGGUCCCGGCCACGGCCCCCGAACUCUUCACCAAUCACACGCAGGAGCUUCGGGUGCCCUACACCUCCUCCAUCAAGGACUGCAACAUCUGCCACAGCUCGGGGACCAUGCCGUGUGAGGAGUGCCAUGGUGAUGGAUACAAAACCUGCUGGGCGUGUAAUGGCUCUGGGGAGAACUGCACUUCCUGUAAAAGCACCGGCAAAGAAAGUUGUAGAACGUGUGAUGGUCAUGGAACCAAGAAGUGCACAACCUGUGAUGGAAAACGACAACUGCUGACAUUCAUCCAGCUCAAAGUGGAGUGGAGCAACAAAGUGGAUGAUUAUGUGGUGCAGCAGAACUCUGGUCUGAAGGUCGAUGAUCUUCGCUCAGUGAACGGGAAGAAGCUGUUCCAGAACAACCAGUUCCUGCUCUACCCGCUGCUCGGGUUCCCGAACCCGGCCAUCGGCGAGGCCUCCGAUCGCCUGAUCAAAGAGCACCAGAGCAAGUACGCGCAGACCUCCAGGAUCCUGCAGCAGAGGCAGACGGUCGAGUUGAUCCCCAUCACCAAGGUGAGCUACAAGUGGAAAGGCGACUCUCACCUCUACUUUGUCUACGGCAACGAGCACCAAGUCAGCGCCGACAACUACCCAGCAACCUGCUGCUGUGUCGUCCAGUAGACACACACACACACACACCCACACACAUACACACACACACACACACACACACACACACACACGCGCGCACGCACAGAGCUGAACGCGACUGUUGAUUCUCAUUAUCGUUUCUCUUUUUCAUAGCAGCCUUCUCCCUCCAGGACAAAUGUUAACGGGAUGUUCCCAUAACGGGAAAAACGAGGAAAAUUAGGUUUUGCCACUGUUACACACAGAGACACAUUCAGUACAUUCAUUCAUAAUAUACCUGACACAGGUUAAGUUAUUUUCUGCUGAACAGUUAACUUAAACCACAUGCCAUUCAAUGUCCUCGGUAUUAAAAAGAAGCAGGAAUUUUUAGGAAAAGAACAAGUGAAACGUGAGGAUUGACAGGUAAAGCAAAGAUGAAUAUAUAUAUAUAUAUAUAUAUAUAUAUAUAUAUAUAUAUAUAUAUAUAUAUAUAAAGUUUUAAUCUGCCAGAGAUGAAUAUAUUAUUUGCUGUAUGAAUCUUGUUGUAACUUUACGAUGGAGGAGGUGAACUCCAUAACAACAGAAUGUUUCAUGAACGAAGAAACCACUUUCAACUGUGGAAAUCCGAGGUUUCAUCACUAACGGAUCAGGAAUAUCCGACGAGCCAUAUCUUUUUAUUUUUUUUGUAAAGGCCUGGUCACUGCAAAAAGUAUCGGAGCAAAAAUCCUUUUCCUUGCAUCUGUCCGUGUGAAUUAAUCCUAGUUGCUUGGUGACAGUUUGUUACCUCAUGAUUCACCAUGUCGUCGGGUCAGAGGUGUUCAGAAAACCAAAGUGUUGUUUGAAAAGCACCUGCCGCUGUUCUGUCUGUAUUUUCAGGAUCCUCAAAGACUCUUCUAACCACAAGGAUGAAAAAAAUAUUCUCGUUGCUGCACUGUUUCCCAAGUUGCAAGCACUUUCUUUGUGUCGGUUCAAAAGCAGGGAGCAACUUGGGAAAGUAUUAUUUUUACCGUGCAACAUACUGAAUAUACGUUCUAAAGAAUUUGAAGAUUCCUGAAUUACUAUCAGCCCAAUUGCUUUUGGUUUCUGAGUUCGCCAGAGUCAAAUAAGAUUCACUGGCCACAUUGCCUCCACUGCUGUGAGUGACAGGGCCUUCAGUGUCUUUUUCUCAUGUUUACACAUUUACAGUUUAGUCAGUGCCUUGUCUUUCUUCUUGGCGGGCUGAAAGACACCAUCAGCAUUAUAACCUUUACUAAUGGUGUAGAAAUACUGUAUAUCUAUAUAAACAAUCUGUCUUAUGUACAUCAUGUUCAGUUGUGUGUUGAAACGCUAUUUACAAAUGUUUCAUAUACAUGUUUGAUUUAAAAAACAAACAAAUCACAUCACAAGGUCAUCAAUAUAAUCUCCAAUGCUUCUCUCUCUCUCUAUCUCUCGCUUUAACUCUAAAUAAGUUGACAGUAUGCAAAGCUGCAGUGCUGAAAGGCAUUGUGGGUAGGGAGGAGGAAAUAAUGCUCCUGUGACAGAAUCAGACUGUAGAGCAGAAGAACAGCCGACUUUACUGUGAGGGCAGCUAAAUAAAACUGGCGCAACCAACCUGUGAAAACCUUGAGUCCUCAUUGUUUUGCAUACUUGUGUUAAUUCGCCGAAAUCAUUUUUUCAUCAUAAUUUUCUCUUUAGGUGUUGAUAACAAUGACUCCUCGAUCUCAUAAUGGCGUUAUGGGUCUGAAGCAACAGCACACGUCUGUCAUCGUUUGUUCUCCUUACGUGUUUUCGCAUUUUACGAAAAAGAAAAGUGGCCAUCAGAUGAUUGAAUUGAAAAUAGUCUAUACAACUAAGAUUUAUGCUGCGUUCCAUUAUAAUCCCAGGACUCGGAAUUACCGAUCACCGGGUCGGAAGUUGUGACGUGAACGCGCCUCCGAGUCAGAAGGCCGGAGGAAAUUCACCACCCCAACUUCCGAGUUCUGAGGUAUAAUGAGAACGCAGCAAUAGUGUCAUUUCAAAUGAAAUGGACGUGUAGAUAUCCACAGCGUCCCCAUCACCAAUAGUGACGGAUAAAAACGUUAAGACACAAUUUCAUUCAUUAUUCUUUUCUUUUUUUAAAUGCAAAUAUUUCAGAUAUAUGCAAAAAAAAAUACUAUUUGAAUGGAGAAAUAAGUUGUGUCAUUUCAUGUGUUUAUGACCAACUUACGCUCUCAGGUUGUCUCAAGUUUCAAGACUCGCAGUUUUAGCUGAUAACAAAAAUAUAUUACCUGCUCACCUGCAGUACAGCAGAGCUCCUGUAGAGGGCCCUCUGUCUGUUUAACCACUGCCCCCUCCUGGCUGCCAUCGGUACAACCGUGUUAUCUGCGAUUGAUUGAUUGAUUGAUAUUAUGCUCUAUGGUUGGAUAGUUCUAUUAAAGUACUAGCAUUUCGUCUGAGAGCUCUUAACUCAUGGAUGUUAUAGCCUUCUUGGACACUCUGAACACAACGUUAAUGUGCAGUUGGUUUUCACUACCUCAACCUGAAAAGUGUUUCCUUUAUCUGCCUUAACACAAACCUGCGACUAACAAACCUCUCUGCUUCUAACCUGAUGUGCACAGCAAAUGUUUUUUACAUCUGUACGUAACUCUUGAAAAUAAACUCUUGACAUUCAA